AUGCUACAAGGUCAGCUGCCAGAUGAACCAGAAUCGUGUCAUGAGAACAAGAGCAAUCCCAGUAUCUCGGGCGAGAUGAUCGGGCAGAGGUGGUCAUCAAUCACCCGAGGGGGGCAGCAGGCAUACGGCCGACGACGACGAGAAGAAUUCUGCGAUCCUUGGCGAUCUCAAGCCACAGAAGGGGUUCUGAAGAAGCCGGAUCACACCACUGGUGGCAUUGCCGCAGACCCUGGGCACCCGGUAUCCGGUCCGCCAGGUGAGACUAUUGGGGGGGAAAUUGGGGGAAAAGAAGCAAGAACCUUACUCAACGAGGUUAUUUUCUCCACGUCUGAAGCCGAGAAAUUUACUAGCGUCCGCGCUGGACCAGUGGGUAGUUUGGUCGGAGAUUUUAUGUCAAAAGAAUUGGUGGAAAAGGAGGUUGCUAGGACUCCCAAUGUUCCAGGAGACUGGCUAGGCCCCUCGGUCGGCUAUGAGAUGUGUACCGGGAUAGUACAUCCAUCGUAUGGCUUACAUGGACUGCGUCGUGGUCAGAGCAGGCGUAUACACAAAUACACCAUAUACAACUCGGUCUAUUCAGGAGGGACUCGGGACGGAAAGGGAACUGUGCAGGUGGUAUGGCUUGUCAUCUGUAACCCCCGUCUUUGCCUCCGACAAACUGUUGGAAGCGAAUUAACUUUGAGCAUCUGCAUUAUUACCAGGGAACACAAAGGACACACAGGAGAAGCCAUGGAGGCCAGAACAGACCCACUUGCGGCCGCGACUGAGGGUACCUGA